ACUCAUCAGCGACAAAGAACCCUUUGAUGGCUAAACAGACCUAUUUACCUCAAGAGCUCUUUCUAUGCGGUAAAUCAAUUGAAGCUCACAUGACAAGAAGAUGCAGUCUAGCGAGUCGGUAAGAGGUUAUCAGCCGCCACAUGUGAUAGUAGAAUUUAAAGUUGGUUAAAGUUGACAAAAUGAAUUCAAGACUUGACGUACUGGGAAUAUUGUCUGUGUUACCCUUUCUGGAUCCGUGUCACGGCCUGGGAUUCUGCUAUAAUAAGACAAUUUCAGCGGGUACUGUAGAUCUGCGGCCUAUCAACUAUAAAGUCAAAAACUUCAUGUCUUUAAACCUGGUUGACUGUGCCAAGGAAUGUGCCUAUGAAGAGACUUGUAUGUCGUUCUCUGUUGACACAAACACAGGAUUGUGUAUCCUCAGCUCUCGUCCCCUGAGUGGUUUAAACACUCUGGAUAUGGAUGGUUGGGCCGGUUUUGACUUCACCGAUGGAACUCGGACUCCUGCGCCGGCUGCGCAACCUACAGAACUGUGGAUAGAUUCCGUCACGGGAGCGUCGUCAGAGUAUGAUGUUGCUCAUGGCGCAGCUGAAAUAGCUGGCCCUUCUGACGUAUACCCGAAUCACGGCGAUCUGGCAGGUGCUUGGGCCUCGAAAAACUGGAGCAAAGGCGAUGAGUGGAUCAAGGUAAAGAUUGCCCAACUGCUGUACAUCCUCCAGAUUGACAUUUAUGAGACGUACCAUCCGGGAGGCACAAAACACAUUCAGGCGAUGCAAUCCAACGGAGUCUGGGAUAUGGUAUGGACCACUUCGCAGUUGAUCAAGCUCACAACGAGCAGAAUUAACUCGAUUACACUGGAGAUGAAUUAUACGACCGAUGAGUUGUGGAUAACCACAAGUGGUGAAGCUGCGCAAUACUGGGUCGAACUGGAUGCGGUCAAGGUCAUCGGAUGGCCAGCCUAGGAUAUUUUCACAUGGUGCAUCGAAUGCUCAUAGCAGAUACUAAGACAAGCCUGGUUGUUAACUAUAAGCUUAUCAGUACAUUGAGGAUGUUCUGGCCGAAAUAGUGAACCACAAAAUAUUUGGGAACAAUGAAAAUCUGAAAUAAUGAUUAUACAUAUUUAAUACCUUGCGUGUGUGGAAAUACGGAAAUAGAAAAUACAUUAACUAAAAGGAAAAUAUGUUAUACGUUUUACUUAAAAUGUUGAAUUUUCUUAAUAUUAUAUAUUUUUCCAAAUAUCGUCCAAGUACCAAGUACCAUAUCGUAUAUACCAAGCUGUUUGGCUUUUCUUGUCUGAGAAAACAGUUGUAUGUGUUUGUAAGUGAUACCUUAAACAGUGUUUCCUUAACUGUUGCACAGCGUAAACCGUUUUGAACAUCUUACAUGCUAUAACAUCUUUACAAGUUCAUAUUAAGCAAAUAUAGUUUGGCAGCCCUGUUAGUUCAAAUGUAAGUGUUAUUGGCAUCUUAAAAUGUUAAAAAUGAAUAAUCACCAUGUUGUAUAGGAACAUGCCAGGUUGUAGGCAGGAAUCGGGAAGAAGCCAUUCAUUGUUAAUAUUUUGUUUAACCUUUUGAUUCAUAGUAAAAAUGCAUUGUAUGUAUAUCUACAAAUAAAGACAU